GGCAGCCAGAGCCGCGCGCCGCGUCGCUGUAAUCGGACACCCGAGCGCUCGCCCCAUGCGCCGGCCACUUUCCAUUCACUCCGUAGUGCUUGAUUGAGCGACGCAGAGCAGGGCUCCCGGUGCCGCGCCACUGCAACGUUGAGGAUUCCUUUACAAAGAAACUCAGAGGACCGGGAAGAAAGAAUUUCACUGCUGGGACGCCCUAGAAAUUACGGUCUUGGGGAAAAGGACUACAAACACGCGGAUCCAAACCUGUAGCAAAUUGACGACUUUUCCGUGCUGAUCUCGUCCCACAUCGGUAUUUUCCCUUGGAUAUUAACUUGCAAAUCUGCAGAAAUGGCAUUCCAGGCAAUUUGGGUCUUGGUUGGAGUAUUUGUUUGUUCUACCUGUGUAAAAGGAUCAUCUCAGCCCCAAGCAAGAGUUUACUUAACAUUUGAUGAGCUUCGAGAAACCAAGACCUCUGAAUACUUCAGCCUAUCUCACCACCCUUUAGACUACAGGAUAUUAUUAAUGGAUGAAGAUCAGGACCGGAUAUAUGUGGGCAGCAAAGAUCACAUUCUUUCCUUGAAUAUUAACAACAUAAGUCAAGAACCUUUGAGUGUUUUCUGGCCAGCAUCUACAAUCAAAGUUGAAGAGUGCAAAAUGGCUGGCAAAGAUCCCACACAUGGCUGCGGGAACUUCGUCCGUGUAAUUCAGGCUUUCAACCGCACGCAUUUGUAUGUUUGUGGGAGUGGUGCUUUCAGCCCAGUCUGUACUUAUUUGAACAGAGGGAGGAGAUCAGAGGACCAAGUUUUCAUGAUUGACUCCAAGUGUGAAUCUGGAAAAGGACGCUGCUCUUUCAACCCCAAUGUGAACACAGUGUCUGUUAUGAUCAAUGAGGAGCUUUUCUCUGGAAUGUAUAUAGAUUUCAUGGGGACAGAUGCAGCUAUUUUUCGAAGUUUAACCAAGAGGAAUGCAGUCAGAACUGAUCAACACAAUUCCAAAUGGCUAAGUGAACCUAUGUUUGUGGAUGCACAUGUUAUCCCAGAUGGCACUGAUCCAAAUGAUGCUAAGGUGUACUUCUUCUUCAAAGAGAAACUGACUGACAAUAGCAGAAGCACAAAACAGAUUCAUUCCAUGAUUGCUAGAAUAUGUCCUAAUGACACUGGUGGACUGCGUAGCCUUGUCAACAAGUGGACUACCUUCUUAAAAGCGAGACUGGUAUGCUCAGUAACUGAUGAAGAUGGCCCGGAAACACACUUUGAUGAACUAGAGGAUGUGUUUCUGCUGGAAACUGAUAACCCAAGGACAACACUAGUGUAUGGCAUUUUUACAACAUCAAGCUCAGUUUUUAAAGGAUCAGCAGUGUGUGUGUAUCAUUUAUCUGAUAUACAGACUGUGUUUAAUGGGCCUUUUGCCCACAAAGAAGGGCCCAAUCAUCAGCUGAUUUCCUACCAGGGUAGAAUUCCUUAUCCUCGCCCUGGAACUUGCCCAGGAGGAGCAUUUACACCCAAUAUGCGAACCACCAAGGAGUUCCCAGACGAUGUUGUCACUUUUAUUCGGAACCACCCUCUCAUGUACAAUUCCAUCUACCCAAUCCACAGAAGACCUUUGAUGGUUCGUACAGGCACUGACUAUAAGUACACAAAAAUAGCUGUGGAUCGAGUGAAUGCUGCCGAUGGUAGAUACCAUGUUCUGUUUCUCGGAACAGAUCGAGGUACUGUGCAGAAGGUGGUUGUUCUUCCUUCUAACAGCUCUGCCAGCGGUGAGCUAAUUCUGGAGGAGUUGGAAGUCUUUAAGAAUCAUGCUCCUAUAACAACAAUGAAAAUUUCAUCCAAAAAGCAACAGUUGUAUGUGAGCUCCAAUGAAGGACUUUCCCAAGUGUCUCUGCAUCGCUGCCACAUCUACGGUACAGCCUGUGCUGACUGCUGCCUGGCAAGAGACCCUUACUGCGCCUGGGAUGGCCAUGCUUGCUCUAGGUUCUACCCAACCGGGAAACGGCAACAGGAGCAUCGCUCCAGAAUGGGUACCAUGAACACUUUCAAAACCUUGAUGACCAUGCUUUACCCCUUAGAAUGGAGGAGCCGAAGACAAGAUGUGAGACAUGGAAAUCCAUUGACUCAAUGCAGAGGAUUUAAUCUAAAAGCAUAUAGAAAUGCAGCUGAGAUUGUUCAGUAUGGAGUAAAAAAUAACACCACUUUCCUUGAGUGUGCCCCCAAGUCUCCACAGGCAUCUAUCAAGUGGUUGUUACAGAAAGACGAGGACAGGAGGAAAGAGGUCAAGCUGAACGAGCGAAUCAUAGCCACUUCACAAGGACUCCUGAUCCGCUCUGUUCAGGAUUCUGAUCAAGGACUGUAUCACUGCAUCGCAACAGAAAACAGCUUCAAGCAGACCAUAGCCAAGAUCAACUUUAAAGUUUUAGAUUCCGAAAUGGUGGCUGUUGUUACAGACAAAUGGUCUCCAUGGACUUGGGCCAGCUCUGUGAGGGCUUUACCCUUCCACCCGAAGGACAUCAUGGGGGCGUUCAGCCACUCAGAAAUGCAGAUGAUUAAUCAGUACUGCAAAGAUACUCGGCAGCAACAUCAACAGGGAGAAGAAUCCCAGAAGAUGAGAGGGGACUAUGGCAAGUUAAAGGCUCUCAUCAAUAGCCGGAAAAGUAGAAAUAGGAGGAAUCAGCUGCCAGAGUCAUAAUGUUUUCUUAAAUGGGGCUUAUGCUUCCAUCAGUAAAUGAUCUGUCUUCAGUGAUCAACUUCUGAGCAAAGAAUCUUGUGCUUUACCCAUGGGAAAUUCCCGAGAAAGGUGGUUACUCACUCCUAAAGGUGAACGUUACAUGAACUGAAAUGAGUAUGCAUUUUCUUGUAUGAUAUUGACUAGCACUAGACAUGUCAUGGGCCUCAUGGUGCAUAGAAAUAUUUAACUUAACCUAGAUUUUAUUUAUAUUUUUAUUUACCUUUUCUUCAAAACCAAUAUGGCGACAAUAAAACUAGAAUUCUUGCAUCCUUUAAUUGAACUAGGGCCAUAACCUGUGAUCUUCCAUCCUUGCUUUAAGGGUUUAGAGUUCUGUCAAUCAUUUGUAUACAAAACCAAAUGCCAAGUUCACAAUUUUUACAUAGUAAAAUUUAUAUAAAUGCAUGUGACAGAGUAGUUGUCAAAAGAAAUGUAGAAUAGAAAAGAGACAAGGAAGAGGGAAUCUAAAAGUUGUAUAAAACACGAGCGAUUUUCAUAAAAAGAUAACAUGGAGUUUAUGUGCUUCCAGUGAAAUAUAGUGUUGGUUACUUUUAAGAUUGCAAAAAUUAUCAGUUUUUGAUAUCUGUCAUUGAUCUCUGUUCCCUUGUUUCAGGAAGAUAAAAGGACACCUAACCAUUAAUAUCUUUAAUUGGAAUUAUGUCAGUGAAGCAUUGAAGUUUAUAUUGUUAUGUAACCAUCUUCCAAACAAAAGCACUUUCUUUUUUGGAAGUUAUUUAAGUUAUUCUAGACUCAGAGAAUAUAAUCUUACACAGUUUAAUUGAUAAAUGUGUUUAUUCUAAUUUUCUAGUUUGUAUGGCAUUUUAAAAAAUAUAAGAAGAAAUUUCUUUUGAAAUAUCAAACUUGUAUAUGAGGGCCGAAACCAUCAAAAUGGAAAAAAAAAAGAAAAAAACAAGGUAGAAAAUGCAAUUUUAUUGACAGAAGUUUAUUUAAAAUGUUACUAAUUUUUAACUUCAAUAAUUAAUUUCAAUGAUUAACUCACUUUUUUUUGUUUACCAACCUCAGAUAUCAUACUGAUUUUUAAGUCACCGAUUCUUUUUUUUUUUAAUACUCUUUCAUGUAUGCUGGAGAGACGUUCAUUUUGUGGAGAAGUGAGAAAAAUUCUAAUUUGAACGAAAAUAGACAUACUUUAUUUUAAAAGAAUGUUGGUACAUUAUGUUCACUGGUAUUUAAAUACAAAUGUGGUAAGUUUGUGAUGAAUAAAAUAACUAUCUUCUAAUUGUAUGUUUGGAUCCUUUUAUUAGAGUAAUUUAAUAGUGAUUUUUUUUUUUUUUACUCCAAAUAACAACUAGAUGGGAGAAGUAUGAAAAUUUUCUUCAUAUCCUCCUAUUUCUUUUAAAAACACAACUUUUGCUCUUUCAUUUUACUUACUUUUAAAUACAUUUUCAUGUUUCUAGGUGCAAACAGAACUUAUAUCAUAUACCUAAUCAAAAUCUAAUACGAAAGUUUUAUUUGUAGUUAACAAGCCAUGAAGAAGGUAAUCAAGGUAGAUAUAUUACCUUCCUAAGCACUACAAUAUAAAGCGUCAAGAGCUAAAAUCAUUGUCAAAAUGAAUGUAAUCACUGAUCAAAAUCUAGGAAUAAGAUUUAUUAUUUAAAUGGUGGUAAAUUAUGAUAUUAUAAGAGGAAGCCUCAAUGGGGCAAAAAUAGCAGUUAACAAACACAACAUAAAUAAUGUUUAUUCAAAAAAAAGCUAUUAAAUAAAAGCUAUUGUUCCAAAUGUAUAUGAUUCUAAAGUAGUCUCUAAAGCAGUUUGUUUUGAAAGUAGGUCAUUAUUUCUACUCUACAUGCACAAAUAGAAAUGUGCAUAAAGCCAAAACCAUCUUCUGUAUUUAUGGCCAAUCUAUUCUAUGUACAGAGUUGAAAGUAAAAUUGUUUUAGACUCAGAGGAUAGGGUAAACUGUACAGGUUCCCUUGCUUCAUGUAAACCCAAACUGAUAGACAAUAGGGUGUUUAGUGUUGUAACAUUAUUUGUGCUAUUUAAUACCUUCUAUUUUGAACAUUAUUAAAUUGUAUAUACUUUUAUUACUUUACUUUUAAAAUUAUAGAGCCCCUCUUGAACAAAACUGCCAAAUGUAAAGAAAAUUUCCUUUCUUAAAAUAUUGUUAACGUAUACUGAAUGUUGGUGGUUGAUUGGUUGGUUUUAUUUUGUGUAGUUUGACAGUUCAAUGACUUGAUAUGUUUUCCAUUUGUACAUAAAAUUUCCUAGAAAUGCACUUUUUUUCACAGUGUAGGUUUGUGAAUAGAUUUUAGCAUGAUGAAACUGUCAUUACAGUGAAUGUUCACUCUGUGUUAGAAAAUGUAGUUAGCACAGUAUUAUUUAAUUGGAUAUUGAAGAAAUCAUGUGCCUGGCAAAAUAAAACAUGUUGAAU